UAUUCGUUAUUAUCUCCAGAGAUACGAGAGAGAAUUAAAUUAUAUGUGAGUAAAAAACAUGUAGCAGUAAUAAAAUAGCUAGACUGCUGGCGUUUACUAACACGGAUAAAUGUGUUAAUAUAAACUGCGCACAUCUCUACAAGAUUUAGUUUUAUUGAAAGUAGCUGUGGAAUAUAUUCGCUGAAUAUGUUAUUCUGGGUAUUUGUGUUUUUAUCUGGCUUAUGCCAUAGCGUGAGCUCGGAGUGUACUGCUCGUGGAAGAUUCCCGAACGAUAUCGUCGAGGACUGUCGAGGAUACACCACCUGUAUCGCCACUGCCACCAGCUUCUACCAGUACGAUCUCGCCUGCCCUCCUAACUUCAUCUUCAAUCAUUUCGACAACCAAUGCACCAACGCCACUGGAUACCAAUGCCUCCCAAAAUACAACUGCACCGAAUUAGGGACCUUUCCCAAUACUGAGUCUACCGACUGUUCCUCUUACAUCGUUUGCAUUCAAGGGUUGUCGGGGUUGACUGCUAGAUUGGUCAACUGUCCUGAGGAUAAAAUAUUCAAUCCGAUUGUGGAAAGCUGUUUGAAUACUUCUCUUUACAUGUGCCCUAGUGCUACUGAGAAACCUAAUGUCAGCGUAGUUACCACCGACCAACCAAGCAUUGUCCAGGAAGAGGUCAAUGACCCCAGCACUCGUAGUAUCCCUGCCAAUGGAGCGAUUCGUAUAAAUAUGCAAUAUGUAGUUGUGAUAUCCAUGUUUAGUUUAUUGUUAGGUAUUUGUAAGUGUAUUACGUGAUUAUACUAAUGAACUAUGUAGUAUGAUAAUUUAUUUUAAAAAGUACUUAAAAUAAAAAUAAAAGAAAAUUAAA